AUGAACAACUUUAGUAAUGCAGAUUUAGACUGCCAUUUCCUCGAUGAAGGCUUUACUGCCAAGGAUAUUCUGGACCAAAAAAUUAAUGAAGUUCCGUCUUCUGAUGAUAAGGAUGCCUUCUGUGUCGCCUACCUGGGAGACAUUUUAAAGAAACAUCUGAAAUGAUUAAAAGCUCUUCCUCGGGUCACCCCCUUUUAUGCAGUCAAAUGCGAUGAUAGCAGAACCAUAGUGAAGACCCUUGCUACCAUUGGGACAGGAUUUGACUGUGCCAGCAAGACCGAGAUACAAUUGGUACAAAGUCUUGGGGUGCCUCCAGAGAGGAUUAUCUGUGCAAAUCCUUGUAAACAAGUGUCUCAGAUUAAGUAUGCUGCCAGUAAUGGAGUCCAGAUGAUGACUUUCGAUAGUGAAGUUGAAUUGAUGAAAGUUGCCAGGGCGCAUCCAAAGGCAAAGUUGGUUUUGCAGAUUGCCACUGAUGAUUCCAAAGCAGUCUGUCACCUCAUUGUUAAAUUUGGUGCCACACUCAAAAUCAGCAGGCUUCUUUUGGAACGGGCAAGAGAGCUAAAUAUUGAUGUCAUUGCUGUCAGCUUCCACGUGGGAAGUGGCUGCACCCAUCCUGAGACCUUCAUGCAAGCCAUCUCUGAUGCCCGCUGUGUCUUUGACAUGGGAGCUGAGGUUGGUUUCAACAUGUAUCUGCUUGACAUUGGUGGUGGCUUUCCUGGAUCUGAGGAUGUAAAGCUUAAAUUUGAAGAGAUCACCAGUGUGAUCAACCCAGCCCUGGACAAGUACUUCCCAGCUGACUCAGAGGUGCGAAUCAUAGCAGGGCCCGGCAGAUACUAUGUUGCCUCAGCCUUCAUGCUCACAGUUAACAUCAUUGCCAAAAAACUCAUAUUAAAGGAACAGACAGGCUCUGAUGAUGAAGAUGAGUCGAGUGAACAAACCUUUAUGUAUUACCUGAAUGAUGGAGUGUAUGGAUCAUUUAAUUGCAUCCUCUAUGAUCAUGCCCACGUGAAGCCCCUUCUGCAGAAUAGACACAAACCAGAUGAGAAGUACCAUUCAACCAGCAUAUAGGGACCAACGUGUGAUGGCCUGGAUCACAUUGUCCAGGGCUGCGACUUGCCCGAGAUGCACGUGGGCGAUUGGAUGGUCUUUGAAAACAUGGGUGCUUACACUCUUGCUGCUGCUUCUACUUUCAAUGGGUUCCAGAGGCCGACUAUCUACUAUGUGAUGUUGGGGCCGACAUGGCAACUGAUGCAGCACAUCCAGAACCACGACUUCCUGGCCGAAGUGGCGGAGCAGGAUGUCAGCACCCUGCCUGUGUCCUGUGCCUGGGAGAGCUGGCUGAAGUGCCCCCCGGCCGCCUGUGCCUCCGCCAGCAUCAACGUGUAGGUGCCACUCCUGUAGCUGUUACCUUCGAGUUUAGCUUGAAUUGGGGGACUUGGGGGGACCGUUUAACUUAAUUCUUGCUAGUUUUGAAAUGUCUGUAAGUAGGGUUGGCACAGAUGCAACAGUAUGGAAAACUAGGAGAUGGGGUCACUUAUCUGUGUUCCUAUGGAAACUAUUUGAAUAUUUGUUUUAUAUGGAUUUUUAUUCACUUUUCAUACAUGCUACUAAGGCGUGCCCCUCCACUGCUGAGCAAGCGUUUGUCGCUUGAACACUGGCAGAGUGGGCCGGAAGCUUAGAGUUGUGACCUGUUUUAAAAAUAAAGAAUCUUGAAAU